AGGGUUUCAUAGCUAAAGAUUGGUGUGUAACUCCGGGUUAGUUUGCUAUAUUUAGUCGGCCAACUAAAAGUCGCAAACUGGUGGGAAAAAUGACAGCGUGACGUUUCAGCAGCAGCAGCAGCAGCAGCAGCAGCAGCCUCCUUGAAUGUCCAAGAGUCCCCAUGGAUGACCUAACCAAAGCUCUGUCGGCCAGCUUUGCUGUGUCAAAGGAACCCAACAGUACGGCCGCCCCACACCCACGGCUGGCCCAAUACAAGAGCAAGUACAGCGUUCUAGAGCAGAAUGAGCGACGCCGCCGUUUCCUUGAUUUGCAGAAAAGUAAAAGGUUAAACUACGUCAACCAUGCGCGGCGUCUGGCUGAUGGGGACUGGACAGGGGCAGACAGCGAUGGGGAGGAGGACAUGGAGAAACCAGAGGAGGGGAAACCGGAGCAAAAUGGCAGCACAGAAGAAGAGGGGAUGGAGAUUGAGAGGAGGAAGCUGCCAAAACAUUAUGCAAACCAGCUCAUGCUGUCAGAGUGGCUGGUGGAUGUUCCAUCAGAACUGGACACUGAUUGGCUGAUGGUGGUCUGUCCUGUAGGGAAAAGAUCUCUCAUUGUCGCCUCCAAGGGUUCCACUGCAGCUUACACAAAAAGCGGUUACUGUGUAAACCGUUUCCCCUCCCUGCUGCCCGGUGGGAACCGACACAACUCAGCCAUGGGAAAAGACUACACAAUUCUGGACUGCAUUUACAGUGAGGUGGACAGAACAUACUACAUCCUGGAUGUCAUGUGCUGGAGAGGCCACCCGGUGUAUGACUGCCCGACAGAGUUCCGUUUCUACUGGCUCCAGUCUAAAGUCCAAGAGACGGACGGCCUAUCAGAAAUCGCCAAGCGCAACCCUUUCCGGUUUGUGAGCCUCCAAAGCACCGACUGCACAGCAGAGUUGAUUCAGAAAGCCUUGGCAGCUGAGUACAGCUUCAGCGUGGAUGGUCUCCUCUUCUACCACCGCCAGACCCACUACACCCCUGGCAGCACCCCUCUGGUGGGCUGGCUUCGCCCCUACAUGGUCACCGACAUCCUGGGUAUAGAUGUUCCUGUAGGACCCCUCACCAUCAAGCCUGAGUACGCCAGCCACCAGUUGCAGCUGAUCUUGGAACACAAAAAAACAUCCAGUGAAGUCCGCCCUGCCAACAGAAGCGGAGGCUAUGAGUUGGAGUACCUGUCCACCCCAGGCCAGGACAGCAGGGACACCCUGAACUUUUUGAAUCAAAAGCCAAUAACGGAAGCAAACAUGGAGGCUUAACAAGAUGCAAAUUUCUAACUCAGUGUUUCUGAGUGGUGGCGGCCCACAUAUGGCUCUUUAGAAUGUCUGCUGAAUGGAGACCUGCAGAUCUGACCAAUUACAAAGCAUGGCUAAUUCUAAUCCGGCACUACUCAGGACACCCUCAGAGUGCAGAUUAGUAGAGCCAUGUUAUAUAUGUGUUUAGAUGGCUAAAAACUCAAGUCCACUAUUUACAUCUUUAGUUCUACCUGCUGCAGAACUCCUUGAGAAUAACUGCACAAUAUUUAGCCACUAUAAUUACUUAGUCGGUCUGUUAUGGACAUGUCUUUCAUAACACCAUACAUAGUUGCAAACAAUCAAAAAAGAGGACGAUGGGUUUCUUAUGUGAGAGAUUCUGCAAAGUGCAGCACAGUAAAUUUGGUGGUCAAGUGCUUUUUGGCUGCUCUGCACUUUUGGAUUUAAAACAGAUCUCGCUUAAGAAACAUCUUUACUGUUGUCACUUGUUUGCAUGUUUUCUACAACUAUCAUUGAUGUCCACUCACCUUUUGAGCAGAUUGUUAGUUUGAGCAACAGCAGUGGAGAGUUUGUAGGAUGCAUUGCACGCAGUGUUUUUGAUUGGUCAGAACCUGUAAGUUACGAUCAUGCUGAACAGCAGCAGGGGCAUGGACCUUUUUACAAUUUAAUGUUAAAUUUAAAAUUGCAUAAAAGUUUUAAAGUGUUUCUAAAUAAAUGUUUUUAAUGGCC